AAUAUUUUCAAAAUUCUAAAAAUAAUGAUAUUUAUGGUGUUUUAUCAUUUGUAGCACCUGAAGUUUUAAGAGGUCAAUCUUAUACUUUAGCUAGUGAUAUAUAUAGUUUUUCUAUAAUUAUGUGGGAAUUAAUAUCUGGAGUUCUUCCAUUUGAUAAUGAAGCUUAUGAUUUUCAACUUAGCUUAGACAUUUGCAAAGACUAA